AUGGGUAUCCGAAGUUGGUUCUUUGUCUUACCCUUUAUACUUGGCCUUGGCUUGCACAUUACCUGCUCAUUAAGAAUAUGUGCCUUCAAUAUAAAAACAUUUGGGGAUGCAAAAAUGUCGAAUGAAACUAUUGCUGACAUCAUUGUGAACAUUGUAACCAUGUAUGAUAUUGCCCUGAUUCAAGAAGUCAGAGACAAAGACUUGAGUGCUGUCAAUCUGUUACUUUCAAAAAUUAACAGAAUAUCAUUGUCACCGUAUUCAUAUGUGGUGAGUGACCCUCUUGGUCGAAAUACCUACAAAGAACAGUACCUAUUUAUAUUCAGGACCGAGGCUGUGGCCGUCACCGGUGACUAUCAUUAUGAUGACGGGUGUGAACCCUGUGGAACAGACACCUUUAAUCGGGAGCCAUACGUUGUAAGGUUCGCAUGUCUGAACUCAGCUGUGCCAGAUUUUGUAAUAAUACCCCAACAUGCAGCUCCAAAUGAGGCUGUGAAGGAAAUAGAUGCCCUUGUUGAUGUUAUUCUUGAUGUUGAAAGCAAGUGGAAUACAAAUGACAUAUUGUUGAUUGGAGAUUUCAAUGCUGGUUGUUCUUAUGUCACAGAAAGAGAAUGGCCCAAUAUUCGUCUCCGUACUGAUGCCCGGUACCAGUGGCUAAUUCCAGAUACUGCUGACACCACUGUUACAAGGACAACAGACUGUCCCUAUGAUAGGAUUGUCGCCACAGGCUCAAACUUGACUAACUCUAUAGUUCCAGAAUCCUCUAUUGUGUUCAACUUUCAAGACGUUUUUAACUUGAGCUACGAAAUGGCCCUAGCUGUUAGCGAUCAUUUCCCUGUGGAGAUAAGCCUUCACUAGCAUGGAAGACAAUACUUCAUUAUCAUUUUCCAAGCUUGCUUACUAUGGACCUUUCACCAGAUUUGUUGCCUUAAUAUCCAUGUAGUAACCCAUGACUCUUAUGCAAAUUCACUGCAAAUCUACUUGUUUUCUCAAUGGUUCAAAGAAGAAAGUGUGACCUUUAUCAUAAGAGCUGUCCAUAUACAAAUCAUUAUAAGUUGCUUUGUUGAAAGAGGAUGAUCACACAGUUUGUCUCUCUGGUAAAUAUGCCCCCAAAAUAUUGAGACUAUAUGUACUUUGGUUAAGAAAGUUUUUCUUCAAACCCAUUACCAUCAACUACUUGUACAACCAUGUCUCCAUAUUACAUUUCUUUCUCUCAGUCUUCACAUUUGGAUAGUAGUAUGAGACAAAGGUUAAGAAAAUUGGUUGUAAAAGAGAUCAGCACAUGGCACUGUGAUGUUCACUUGCAUGCUACAUGACUCUGGGGUUAUCUGUCAUUAAAAUCAAGCGCCUGACCUGUCACUUAAAGAAUUAGGAGUAAAUCCUUAUCCUAUUAAAACUUC